AGUGAGGGGAAAAAGCUGGAUUCAUUUUUUUUCUUCUUCUUUGGAUCGCCAUUUCUGCGCAUUAAUUAGGAGAAAAAUUGGUUGAUCUGCGCAUAAACAUCGAUCCCUUUGCUUUUGGUAGUUAGGGCUCAGUGUUUUCAUCCCAACGCCGCUGGUUGGUAAAUGGCUCCACUGGCAUGGGGAAAACAAAAGACAAAAUGCAUAUCAUUUGGAUGUCAGUGAUUGCAUUUAUUUCGUCAGGCAAGAUCACAUGCUUGCGAAUUAUUGGUUCGCUCUCUGCAUUUGCAAACAAUAGUAUGAUCUGAAAGUAUGCUAAUUAUAGUACAGUAGCUGUUUGGUAGAUGCCUUAUAUCGAAAUUCUUCUUUGAAGCAGAUAAAUUGGUAAAAAAAAUAUUUAAGAUAUAUAUGAUCUAGAUCGAGGAACAUGCUUCUUUAUCUUAACCUUCUUUCAGUUUGAUCGAUAUAAAUCUUCUCUUUUUUUUAUUUAUUUGUUGUACUAGUCAAUUUUCUGGUUUUUUCUGCUUCUUUUCUAACCAAAGAAACAAUGGAACUCACGAAGAACACCUCCUUCCAAAGUUUUCAUGGCACAUCGACCAUUCUACAAAUGAUCAGCAUUGUUAUUGAUGGAGUACUAUUUCAUACCCCUCACGUUAUAAAUUUAAACAGAAAAAAAGAGCUAAUUUGCAUUUUGUGUUUGUAAGAUCCUUAAGUUCAGGUUGUUCAUAUCUGGAACUUUCAUCACACAUUGGCAGAAUACAUGUAGUUUUCCCCUCUCUUCCUUUCUCUGGGAAUACAAUAUUUCAAAUGACCAUAUAAACUCAGCAAUAUGACAACAUCUAGCGUAUGGAAAGCUGUCAUUGAUCGCAACUGAUUCAGUACUGAAAAUAAUAAGAAUGAAGAGACGAUCAGACCCUCUGAGAGUAAGACUGAUACAAGUGUUGCAUCGGAAACUACUUUACUAGAACCUAUGGUAGCAAAGGAAGAUAUGGGCAAGUCGAGGACAAUCGACAAAACAGUCGUACAGGAGAAAGAAGUACAUACUAGGGUAUAUAAUCUGGAAAUGACUGAAGCGGAAAAGAAAGAAACAGAAGAACACCCUACUAAGAUUAUUCCUGAAACAAACACAGAAGAACCACACAAAUCUGAAGAACACCGUGUUGAGAAGAAGGAAGUUGAGCUGCAUGAACCAGAACAGCUUGAAAUGAAGGAAGCUGUGCCGCAUGAAGCAGGAGAACAUUCAGUUGAUAUAUCUAAUGUGGAAGUGAAGGAGGAAAAUCCACAUGAAACCGAAGUGCAACCUAAUGUGACAUCUAUACUUGAACAGAAGGAAGCAGAACGGCAUGAAACAGGCAAGCAAUCUACUGAAUUAUCUAAAUCUGUAAUACCAGAGGCAGAAGAGGAAGAGGAAGAACAACUUAAUGAAGUAUCUAGAAUCGGCACCAAGGAAGCAAUACCACAUGAAACAGAAGAACAAUCUACUGAGGUAGCUAACGCUGGAAAGGAUGAAACUGAAUCCCAUAACACAAAAGAACCUACUGAGGUAUCUAAACCAGAAACUGAGAUGGAAACACAUGAAAAGGAAGAACAACCUAAUGAAGUAUCUAAAGUUGACAUGAAGGAAGCAAUACCACAUGAAGCAGAAGAACAUUCCACUGAGGUAUCUAGUGCUGGAAUGAGCAAAGCUGAACCACCUAACAUAGAAGAACAACCUACUGAGAUAUCUAAACCAGAAACUGAGGUGGAACCCCAUGAAAAGGAAGAACAGCCUGAUGAAGUAUCUAAAGUCGACAUGAAGGAAGCAGUACCAUGUGAUAUAGAAGAACGAUCCAUUGAGGCAUCUACAGCUGGAAUGAGCAAAGCUGAACCACAUAACAUGGAAGAACAACCUACUGAGGUAUCUAAAGAAGAAACUGAAGUGGAACCAGAUGAAAAGGAAGAACAGCAUGAUGAAGUAUCUAAAGUUGACAUGAAGGAAGCAAUACCACAUGAAAUAGAAGAACAAUCCAUGGAGGUAUCUAGUGCUGGAAUGAGCAAAGCUGAAGCACAUAACAUAGAAGAACAACAUACUGAGGUAUCUAAACCAGAAACUAAGGAAGCAGAGCCACAUGUUGCUAAUGCUGAAACAAAGCUAGCAGAACUAAGUACAAAUGAAAACCCCACUGAUAUAGAAAAAGAACCUACUGUGGGAUCUAAAGCUGAAAUGGAACAAGGAGAAUCACGAACAACAGAAGAAGCUUCUGUAGCAUACGAAGCUGAAAGAAAGGAAGCAGAACCUCAUGAAAUUGAAGAACCUUCAACUGAGCUAUCUAAACCUGAAAUGAACGCAGCAGAGCAACUUGAAAUAGAAAACCAAUCUAUUAAACCUGAGACUACUGAAGCUACUAUAAAGGUUACGACACUUGAGACCUCUGUUCGUUCUGCAUCAACAAAUUGUGAUUCAUAUGCAUCCAAUGUGGAACCAUUGGACUUAGAAGCGAAAACCUUUAUCGACACUGCUAAAAUGGAGAAGAUGGAACCCAUUUUCACACAAGGAGAUAAAACGGUCCAGGAGAAAAUAGAUGCGUGAUUCCAUUCUCUCAUUAUUGCAAAGUAUUUGCAAACUCUGUUGGGCAGAUCUGACGGAAUUAUUCUUCUUAGCUUUGAGUGCAUGGUUGUGCAAUGUGUCUAGCCUCUGCAUGUAAUUAUCUGCAUUUGCUGUCACCCUUGUGUCUUUCAUGAUUUGCAUCUCUAUUUCACUGUAAAGUAGCAUAGACAAGGCAACAAAAUUGGCUUUUUGUAUUUGUAAACUUACAUUCCUAUUCUCAUAUAUUGUUUCGCAAGAAGGUCCAAAUAUAAACUUUGAACUAUUUUCUUCUA